AUGCUCAGAUAUUCCAAGCCCUUUUCUUCAAAUCUAUUAAAAAAUGCGAGAUUUGUAUCUUCGCCAUUGAAAACUGUCAAGCCUUUCUAUGCUCAAAAUUUGAGAUUUAACCAAAAGAAAUACUAUUCUAAUAAUGCUGCUAAUACAUCAAAAUCUCCUACUGGUAUUGUUUUGAGCAUAUUAUUCAUCUCAGUUGCAAGUUGUUUUGCAGUUUACUACACUGCCAAAUCCCUUGAAAAUCCUAGUAAAUCCAAAAUAACUGAAAGCGACUUACAAGACCACAUAAAUGGAUUGAAGAGAAAGAAAACUAUGUUUCAAGCCUUUGAGGUGAAUAUUGAUCUUUUGCCUGGUGAGAAUCUUAAAAAAGACGAUGUCAAGAAAAUCGUAGGUGAUUCGGUUUUUGUUAUUGAUCCCCCUGAGCUAAUUAAUCGUGAAAGAGCUCAAGGGCUAGAUGCAUUUUAUGGCCCAUUCUUGAUAGAACUACAAGAAAGAAAUGCACCAAUUCCUGCAGCUGUCACAGUCAAUAUAAUUGGGAAGGAGAUUAAAAAAAUUAAAAAGGAGCAGGAAAAUGAUGAGAGCGACAAAAUACUCAAAUUUUUAGUUAUAAAUUUUCCACAGGAUCUUGAACAAAGUAUAAAAUUUGAAAGAGACGUUAAAACUGCUGAUAGUAUAAUCAAAGUGGAAGAUAUUAAAAACGAUGUCGGAAAUAAGGUGUUUCAAUAUUUUGAAACAGUUGAUAAGAUCAAAACUGUUCAAAAAAUUAAAAAUUUAGGCAAUAUUUAUAAAAAAGAUUAA